CAUUUCCAGGAGAAUCAAUCUUUACUUUCAUAUUUUGCGGCUAGAGAGGUCUGUGAUAUGUCAGAGCCUAAAAGUUUCGUAAGUCUGUCAGGAAGGUUUUCAAACACGGUAUACCGGGACCCAGGCAACCGUGUCACAUACUGAUUUAGGAAUCCCCCUCUUGCAGCUUGUACAGACUGUCAAUUGGAUAGGAUUGUGUCGGUCAUUGAGUGGGAUCACCAGCAUCAAAAGGUGGCAACAUCGGCGUUUUCCCCACGGUCAAUAUCAUCCUCUUUGCUCUUCGUGUUGAGUGAGAUAGGAGUUCCGUUGUGCCAUUCGACCGCAGUUGCAUUUGCAAGUCGAGCCCACUGUAUAUAGCAUUUCGUUUUUGUUUUUGUUACGAAGGAUAUGUUGUGAGAUCGGUGCGAACUAUUUUCCCGGAUCAUCUGUAGGACAUCAAAGGAGUGUGUCACACACAACAACCAGCAGCGCUGAACUGUCAGCCAGUGCUGACACUUUUCGUUGGACGUGCAGCUUCAUGUGCCAUGCCGCUGAAAAAGAAAGAUGCUCAUAGAGCCCUCCGGGUCUUGGAGGAAUAUCGAGCUAAACUUGACCAGACUGAAGACGUUCGACUCAGCCACUCAAUAGAGAAAGUCAUCAGUGUCUUUCAGAGUGACCUUUUCCUCGCUUUGAUAGAUAUCCAAGAGUAUUACGAAGUGACCUUAUUGGACAGCCAGACAUGUGGAGACCCUGCCCAGAAACCAGAACCAGGUGUCCACCAAGCAGCACCUCUACUGGACUCCCCUACCUUCCAACCACAGCCUGCUGCACCUCCAGAGGAGCCUAUUGCCCCAGGCCCCCUUGUUGACGUGCCAGAUGCCCCCACCUCCAGCCUCCCCAGCACCGCAGUCACCUCACCCAGCACUUCCAGCAGCCUUGCUCCUAGCGCAGAGAAGUACCGGUACCAGGAGGAGGACGGGUCGAGCCCCCAGGACCCCUCCCCCCAGAUCCAGGCCUGUCCUCAGCACCCUGGGGGGGGGAAGGAACUUACGGCGCUGGGGGGCCGAGAGCACCGGGAGGGCAGGGAGAGCAGGGAGCUGGGCCGGCCGGAGCUGGUCCAGGUAGCAGGGAGGCACCUCUCUCAGAUCCAGAACGUCCACGGAUACGUGACCCACGCACACAUCUCCCCCAUGAAGGUAGAAUCUCUGGACUACGAGGGCCAGUCGCCGACUGCAACGUACGCUCCAUCCACCCCCUGUUCGGGGGAUGGCCCCGCCCUCUCCACGCUCUACUCCCAAAACCACGCCUACCUACAGCAGGCAGAUGUGGCUCCUCCCCCAGCUGUCAUAAUCCCUGUGAUCCCUACCGAGGGCCCGCCCCCCACUGCACCCUCACCGCAGCCCUCGACCCUACCGGAUGAAGCCACGCCCACCACUCCCAUCGCCAUCUCCCCGCCCUCCUCUCCAUCUGCGUCACAGGCACACCCUCCCCCUGUGGUGGUUAACACGGACAUCCUGGACACACCCCCAUACGUAAACGGAACAGAAGCAGAUUAUGAAUAUGAAGAGAUAACGUUGGAACGGGGUAACUCAGGCCUAGGCUUUAGUAUAGCAGGAGGAACAGACAACCCCCACAUCGGAGAAGACCCCAGCAUCUUCAUCACCAAGAUCAUCCCAGGGGGGGCCGCGGCCCUGGACGGCAGGCUGAGGGUGAACGACUGUAUCCUGCGUGUGAACGAUGUGGAUGUGCGCGAGGUGACCCACAGCCGGGCGGUGGAGGCCCUGAAGGAGGCCGGCUGCAUCGUCAGGCUCUACGUCCGCCGGAGGAAAGCCCUCAGCGAGAAGAUCCUGGACAUCAAGCUGGUGAAGGGACCUAAAGGGCUAGGGUUCAGCAUCGCUGGAGGAGUAGGGAAUCAACAUGUCCCAGGAGACAACAGUAUCUACGUCACCAAGGUCAUCGAGGGCGGGGCGGCGCACAAGGAUGGGAAGCUGCAGAUCGGAGACAAGCUCCUGGCCGUGAACUGUUCCUGCCUUGAGGAGGUGAGUCACGAGGAGGCGGUGGCAGCGCUGAAGAACACCCCAGACGUGGUGUACCUGAAGGUGGCCAAGCCCGCCAGCCUAUUCCUCAACGACAGCUACCCGCCCCCCGACCUCAGCAACUCUUACUCUCCCCAGCUGGAUAACCAAAUCAGCCCUGCCUACCGAAGCCAGCCUCUCACCCCUCCCACUCCGGGCCGCUACUCCCCCCUGCCCCGGAGCAUGCUGGGAAACGAUGAGGUCACGAGGGAGCCCAGGAAGGUGGUGCUUCACAGGGGGUCGACAGGGCUUGGCUUCAACAUCGUGGGGGGGGAGGACGGAGAGGGCAUCUUCAUCUCCUUCAUCCUGGCCGGAGGACCUGCUGACCUGUGUGGAGAACUCAGGAAGGGAGACCGCAUCAUCUCGGUGAACGGUGUGGACCUUCGCUACGCCACCCACGAGCAGGCUGCAGCAGCUCUGAAGAAUGCCGGACAGACGGUCACCAUCACAGCCCAGUACAGACCCGAGGGUAAGCAGCUCCCCCAAUCACAGCCCAGUACAGACCUGAGGUCUCUCUCCUCCUCUCCUCUGGCCUCUCCCUCCUCUCGGCCUACUCUCUUCCUUGUCUCACGGCCUGUCUCUCCUCCCGUCAUGCAGGGCAGAGAAGAAAGAGAGGUCUCGGCUGAAGAUGGCCAAAGCCAGCCCAGGUCCGAGGAGAGAAUGGACUCUGAUGACAAAGAGCAUGUAACCUCUAAUGCCAGCGAUAGUGAGAGUAGCUGCCGUGACCAGGAGGAGGGCGCCCUGACCUACCAGCCAGUCAUGCAGCAGGAAGUCAACUACACACGCCCUGUCAUCAUUCUCGGACCAAUGAAAGACCGGAUCAACGAUGACCUCAUCUCAGAGUUUCCUGAAAAGUUUGGGUCGUGUGUUCCCCACACGACGCGUCCUAAGAGGGACUACGAGGUGGACGGGAGGGACUACCACUUCAUGGCGUCCAGGGAGCUGAUGGAGAAGGAGAUCCAGGAGCACAAGUUCAUCGAGGCGGGCCAGUACAACAGCCACCUGUACGGGACCAGCGUCCUGUCUGUCAAAGAGGUGGCCGACAAGGGUAAACACUGUAUCCUGGAUGUGUCAGGCAACGCCAUCAGACGCCUCCAGUUGGCCCAGCUCCAUCCCAUCGCCAUCUUCAUCAAACCCCGUUCCAUAGAAAACAUCAUGGAGAUGAAUAAGAGACUAACUGAAGAACAGGGGAGGAAGACGUUUGACCGAGCCUUGAAGCUGGAGUUGGAGUUCACCGAGCACUUCACUGCCGCGGUUGAGGGGGGCUCUCUAGAGGAGGUGUACGAGCUGGUGAAGCAGAUCAUCGAGGAGCAAUCGGGCCCCUUCAUCUGGGUCCCCUCCAAGGAAAGGCUGUGAGAGGACAGAGACAGGGGAGACGCUCUACUUUCUCUUCUUCCUUUCUCUGGCUUCACUUGUUUUUAUAUUACAAACCGUACUCGGUGUGGUCACUGGCCCUCUCGCCCUCCGACCACACACACUCACACACACACACACACACAGUCACACACUCCAGAACACUGCACGUCUCACUUCGUGGUAGACACAGCAGUGUUUGCAACGAUGAUCACUUGACAGAGCUCCCUAAAUCGGACACUCUCAUAUAAACAUGUGCACACACACACACAUGCCCUAUACACACUCACGCUAAUCGUGGUGGUCAGGUGGGACUCUGGUGUUUUACAUGGGCUCUGGAUCAGACACCUGUCACUUCUCAGGGGGAGGGGCUACGUGUCUGACCAUCCGAUUGGGGGAGAUGAAUAUGGUACACUUCCUUAAUGUUUAAGGAAAAUGAUUUAGGAGUAAUAUAUAUGCUGUAUGAAUAUGUUUUUUCUUUUUCUUUGUUGUUGGUUUUUUUCAUAUUAAUGAAAGUAAAUGCAUUCAUGUAUGGGUUUGUAAAGAAACAGUGACACAAAGAGGCUAACUUUUGCACGUUCUAGCUUUAAAGAGCAUGUUUUUGGGCUGUAUGAUUUUGUUUCAUCCACGUCUGGAUGUCUGGUGGCUCCUGUAACCCUCCUCCCUGCCUGUGUCGGAAACACACCAACAUCUGUGUGUCUCUCCACACACACACACGAGUGGAUGCGUGUUGUGGCGUUCGACCGCCCCGAGGUUCAGCGAGUGUUGAAGUUCGGUUCUUCACUCCAGCACAAUGAGCGGUCCCUCCCUCUCUCUCUCUCUCUCGCUCCCUCUCUCUCAUCUUCCAUCCAAUCACAUCCUCUCCCCAGCCAGACUGAGGCCCCAGAGGCCUCAGGGCAUCUGUUUGUCCCCCUUCCGUAGGACCUGCCCUGGUCGUGUCCCCGGCUCCUUCAGCCCUGUCCUCUCAGGGACGACAGCCUCCGUGGAGGAAAGUCAGCGUCUGUUUCUAGUAUCCAGGGGUUUGGCGAGAGGCGACGCGCCCAAUAAGAAAUACAUGAGAGAUUCUAUUGUACACUGAGAUUUGAUUGGUUGCGCUCAGUCGACUGCCUAUUUUGUUAUAAUGAAAGUCUAUAUGGAAUUUUACUUUAAAAAAAAACUUUAAAGCAUCUGGGGAACUUAUUUUCUUUGCAUCGUGGAAAGGAUAUUAUAAAUAUUAAUAUAUAUAUAUAUAAAUAUGACUAUUUUCCUUUACUUUCCCCUUUUGAUCAUGUUGGUUGAUAAGGGAGGUAGGACAGUUGGAGGGGGCUGGGCGGUGUACCAGUGGGCGGGGCCAGGGGUUAUGAAACAUCCAACCAUGACCUUUCACCCCUGCUACCUGGGUUAGCCUGUGUUACUGAUGCAGCCGUGGACAGCCACCACAGCUAGCUGUCCCCCUCCCUCCAUCCCCCUUCAUCGCUCCCUCCGUCUCAUGAAGGCUGCGUCAGCUCUUUGUGUCAUGUGAUGUGCAUGGUUAAAGCAAUAUUCGUUAUUAUAGGAAAACCAAGAGAGGGGAAGCGGUGGAGUGUCAGUGUGUUUGCCAAGGAUUGCAGCAACAUGUCAUAUCUUCAAGCUUCCACAUAAGGCCAGACGGAGAGUGUGUGUGCGUGUGCGUGUGCAUGUGUUUGUGUAUGUCGACGAGUCUGUCCCUGGCUUGUGUCUUCAAGAGAAGUUCUGACCAAGCACCCUAAAGCACCACUCACCCAGCCGUCAGCGGGGGAGUGUCAUCAGGGCAGGUCCCUUCCAGCCUGGACCCCCCCCCCCUCCCAUCCCCCACCACCCAACAACACACAGAGAUGAUUGUUUGUUUUCUAUCUGACUGCUUCCUUCCUCUGAAACACCUCUACUUCCUGUAUGAAUAUGUAUAUAACACGUCCUGUUUCUUUCCACAUGUCUGUCCCUAUGAAGAGAACUGCCAAUAAACUGUUUUAUCAGAAGA